AAUAGCUUUGUAAACAGUUAGAAAAAAGACAAAUAUAAAUAUGAAAAACAUCGACAACUUUCGAAACUGUGAAAUUCAAAUAUAACCCCAGUAAGAUUACAACUGCUGUGUGCCGAGCACGAAAGUACAAGAGACUGAGAAUCAUGUUUCGUACUAAAUGCAAAGAACACGAUCACUCAUCGUUUUAUCGGUUCUUGCAAAUGGAGCACAGUCAUAAGAACACCGAUUGCUACUUUUUCUAUUAUUCUACGUGCAAAAAGGGUGAUCUCUGUCCAUUUAGACAUGAACCGUCUGCUUUGGGUUGCGAAACAAUGUGCUCCUAUUGGCAGCAGGGUAAUUGCCUUAAUGAGCAUUGUAGCUUUAGGCAUAUGGAAUUGAAAAAAAACCGCAAAUCAAUUCCAUGCUAUUGGGAAACACAACCUGGUGGCUGCAGAAAACCACAUUGUCCUUUUCUGCACAAGAAUGUACGAGCUAUAUAUGAUCCGAUUAAUCCAGUCAAAACAACUGAGGUAACGUCGAAACCCAUCAAUCAGGAUUGGGUAAAUCGUCAAGAUGAUACAAAGUAUGACACAAGCAGUGCAGAAUCAGAUCAAGGUAGGGGAAGCAGCGAAGCUGGCAGUUUCAUUGGUAGUCCAGCUGUCGAUCCUCUUAUCGUCAAAUUUGGAGAAGAGUCGGACAAUGAAAGCGUACCGUCACCUAUAAAGACGCAACCACAACCAAGGGUGCCCUACUGCAAGACCUACGAGGAGAUCAGGCUAGAGGAGAUACAAGCGGAAAGUGCUGCAUAUUAUUCGUACGAGGCUGAUGAUGAUCGUCCUGUUGGCGAGCAUCCAAUAAGAAAAAUUAAUACGGCAGUUACGAGUCAGGAUACAACGGGUGUCGCUAAUAAAACGAGACGAGUUAUAGCGGCAACUCGUGAUAUUAGGAAAAAGAUUCGGAUCGAUCCGAAAAUAAUUGGGACGAUUGAAAUUAGUAAUAAGGAUGAAUCGUCUUUAGAAAAGAAGAACAAGGACGAUACGAACGAGUUGAAUUUUCAGGUAUUGUCAUUGGAAGAAAUACGUCGGCGUAAAAGACGUAAAGCAUUGAUGUUGCAAAAGGUUGAAAUAUUCGAGAAUCCGAUUGAAUCCGAUCGAUCGAAAAGAUCAAAGGACGAAUGGACUCCAACCAAUGAUCCCACGAAGGAUCCCAUUAAAACGUUAACCAUAAUACGUGCUUCGAACGUGGCUCUACCAACGAGAGGCGUUAAGAGAUUCUUAGAGAAGGACAAAGAGAUUAUCGUCGAAUCUGUCGACGAAGCACGUAGAGUUAAACCUAAAUUAGAGGAUUGUAAUGAACGCGUGACGAAUGUACCACCCGUUAGACUACGAAGAUCACCAAAAAGAUAUCCUAGCAAUGUACCGGGGCAAGAGAUAUUGUCUAAUAUGUUUGAAAAAAAUAUUCGUGAUACUUGUUGUUUGCCAAGCGACGUUAAUGAAAAAAUUGAUAAUGAGAUUGAAAGGGAUGACGAAGGGAAUAGGGAUAACGUAACGUCGAGGCUCGUCGAUAAUAUCGACGUUAGAGUUAAUAUUAGAGAUAAUCGCGAAGAAACGUUGAAUAAUUCCGGUAGAAAGAACGAGGUCGAGGUCAGAUUAUGCGACAGCAGUACCGAUGAGGAACGAAUGGGAAUCGACGAAGGUACGACAAUUCAAGAACAAAAGGAAAUUAAAUCUGUUGUAAUGGAUACCAUAAUGGAGGAUUCAAAAGCGAGCCGACUUUCAUGUGACAGUUUGUUAACCAUCAACGAGGACGAGUAUCUUAUGCUCGAUACUGCAUCCGAUGAUAUUCUCAAGGACAUCGAUGCAUUGCUCAAGGAUAAACCAGUGCUUUGAACUAACACCUCGGAUAUUCCAUUGGACGAAGUCUUUAGUACUUAAGUUUCUAUUUUUCGUCUUCUUCCUCUUCCUCCUCCUCAUUCUUCUUCUUCUUCUUCUUAUUCAUCAUCAUCGUCUUCAUUUUCUUCUUAUUUUACACUUUUCAUUUUCUUUUCGUAUGGACGACUAAUCGGACAGAAGAAUGAAAGAAACGAACAAACGAAAAGAGAAAAAGAAAAAAAAAAAAGAAAGAAGAAAGAAACAGGAUCUUUCGAACAUUUUUUGCUUCCUCCCGUUCAUCAUCUUCAAUAUGUUUCUAUUAUUUUCAAUUUCGAAGGAUUCGUUCAAUUUUCAGAAUUUCUUCACUGAUUGAUAUAUAUAUAUAUAUAUAUAUCUAUCUAUCUGUCUAUCUAUCUAUCUAUCUAUCUAUUUAUCUAUCUAUCUAUCUAUAUAUCUAUAUAUCUAUCUCUUUUUCUUUCUAUUUUUAUCAUUAUUCUUAUAUAACUAGAUCUAUUUGAAACGAUAUGCACUUUUAUACUAUUAGAAUUCGUUCUAAUAUUUCUGCUAUAUUAGCGGUAGAUACGAAAUGAUGGAUAUAUAUAUAUAUAUAUACAUAUAUAUACAUAUAUAUAUAUACAUAUAUAUACAUAUAUAUAUAACUAUAUAUAUAUGUAUAUAAUAUAUACAUAUAUAUAUAUAUAUAUAUAUAUAUAUAUAUAUAUAACUUUGUUUAUAUAUGCAUGUAAGUAUCUACAUCGUUGAAAAUCUCGAAUGACGAUUAAUUAAUAUUAAUUAACUAAUAUUUAUAAAUUCGUCUAUUGUGUCGUCAUCGUUCUUGUCUUCUCAUCGAUGGAUCGAAGUAAAUUACCUAUAUUAUUAUAAGUAAUAAUAGUUCGUUCGAAAAUUUUUCUUUACUCGAAGAAAAACUAAUAUCUAAUACUUAAGCAUCGAGACGCCGUUUAAAAGUAUAGUAUAAUAAUUCUAUACGUCAUACACAAAUACAUACAAAUACACAUACACACACACACAUACACACACACACACACACGCAUAUAUACACACUGCAUGUAUUGCAUAUGUUUUUACGCGUGACACGUAGAUAAAAUAGUUUAUAGAAUAGGACGCAUUAUUAUUCACGAUGAUCGGUGCAAUUUAUUAACGAAACGGAUGCAUUUUUGCAUUUUUAGUAAUUUCUUUUCCUUGUUUUUUUUUCCUUUUUUUUUUUUUUUAUUGUUUUGCUUGUUUCCCAACAAACUUAUCAUAUCAUUGAUCAAUAAUUAAAUUGUUUUAUCGGAUUACGGAGCAAUCUUUCUAUCAUUCUUUUUUUUUUUUUGUUUUAUAUAAAUAAUAGCUUCUUAAUAGUUUUAUUUUUCUUUUCUCUUUUCUUUUUUUUUUCUUUUUUUUUUUUUUUUUUACUACUUGACUUUAUUUUAAGAGUUUUAUUAAAUAAUCGAUCGGGAAUCAUAUACAUGGUCGAAGAAAAAGUGUCAAGUAACACUCGUUCGAUUUGAUUCUGAGGUAUUUGGAAAAGUUCUUUUCCAAAGUUUUAUGAAAUUAAUAAAGACGUUCGAUUAUUUUUGUCAUAUUUAUCCGUAAGAUCAAGUACUUAUUUAAACGUUAUCUCGUAAUAUUACGAGUUUAUAUAUUUGUAUACGAUAGCACUUUUUUUUUUUCUUUUUUUUCUUUUUUUGCAUAGAAAAAGAAUACAUAACGAUAUCUUAUUGGAGUGCUAAUGCACAUAUGUAGAUUUCUUUUCGAACGAAUAAAAUAAAAAAAAAAAAAAAAAGAAAAAAUGAUAAAAAAAAAAAAGAAAAAAAGAAAAAAGAAAGAAAAAAGGAUCAUAUCUCAUCAUUGGAAUUUCGUUAGAAAGAAAAUUAGAUCUUUCGUUGGUUUUAUCUAUUGCCUGAUCAUUUUAUAACUCUCUCUCUCUCUCUCUCUCUCUCUCUCUCUCUCUCUCUCUCCCUCUCUCUCUCUCUCUCUCUCUUUCUUUCUCUCUUUUUCUCUCUCUCUCAUUUUUUCGUCUUCGUCGGCAAUCAAGGAUUACGUAAAAAUUAUUUUCUUAUGAUUUCAAGAUUUCAAUAGAUCACAUACAGAUACACACACACACACACACAGCUUUACACAAAAUUGCCGAUUUUCAUUCUUCUUCUACUUUUUCAUCUACUUCUUCUUCUACUAUUACUUCUUCUUCUUCUUCUUUUUUUUUUCUUUUUUAGAGCUAGAGUUUACGUGAUUGAAAAACGUAUUCUCGACUGAAGAAUUGUAUAAAUAAAUUAUCGAAGGCCAAGAAAAAAAAUAUACGAUUGUUACAUUUGCAAAGUA